AUGAUCGCUCAGCGCCCGAAAGAUUGUUCAGACACCCUGUACGAACUUUCCUUGGCUUUCAUUUCCGUGAUGCACUUCUCAAGAGUUACAGCCAACCUUGCAAACCACUCGUUUCUUUGUUCACAGAGCCGAGAAUGGUGUCCCCCGAAGCAUAUCUUCAUACGGCUUUGUUUAGGGGCACGUUGUCAUGCUUUAAUGGAUCUUCCAAACGGUUAUGUUCAAUAUCCGCGUGAUUUCAAGGUUGGCUCCGUAGCGUUCUAUGGUUGCUACAACGGCUACGUCAUAAUCGGCGCAAACAGCAGAGUGUGUCAAGGAAAUCUGAAGUGGUCGGGUAGCGAACCCUUGUGCCACAAGAAUGAUUCAUCAUACGUCGACGUUUCAGUAAAAUGCGAGCGGCCGCCGGAGAUACCUUUCACUAAGCACGACGCGCCGGAACACCAGAGCUUGUUCAAUUUAGACACUUUGGUUCAUUACACGUGCAUCAAAGGCUUCUACAGACAAACCGAUUUAGGACUUCCGAAAGCGAAGUGCCUGAUGUACAACGGCAAAGCUCGCUGGUUCGGACCGGACAUACAGUGCCACGCUUUCAGCUGCGGACGACCGACUGAGGUGACGAACGCGAUCAUGGACGGCAGCGUAUUCACGUACCCUCAUUCGGUGCGCUACCGUUGCAUCGACGGCUUCGAGAUCGUCGGCGACGCCGAGCGAUGGUGCCUGGUCGACGGUCACUGGAGCGGAGACAAGCCUUUUUGCAAACCUAUCCAGUGCGUUCGACCGAAACCGCCGCUCUAUGGCCAAGUGCUCGGCACGUCGCUCGAGUUCCAGGCGAAAAUCACGUACGUCUGUGACGAGGGCUACCGCCUGGUCGGACAGGUGCAGCGCAUAUGCCAAUCGGACACGACCUGGAGCGGCCACGAGCCGUACUGUGAAGAAAUACGCUGCCCGUCUCUUGGCCUGCUGUGGAACGGCUUCAUCGAUGGAGACGAUACGUCGUUCGGCGCCAUGGUCAUUUUUCGCUGUCUCGAGGGUAUGACUCACAUCGGAGCGCCGUAUGCCAAAUGCCAGCGUGACGGUACAUGGACACAUCCCCUGCCCAAAUGCAUGGGUAAGCAGAUGCACGCGGACGCGAUUGAUCGGUCGAUCAUCAGGUGGUCAAACGGUAGGCCAAUGUGUGCCUCGUCGUUAUUUAGGCACUGGGUUUUCGAUUAUUGUACGUCAGGAAAAAUCAAUUCCGAUUUUACACGAAAUGCGUAUUUAAUAAUAAUUAUCGCAUAUUAAAC